CACUGGUAUAUAAAUUUGAAUGUGGCUCAUCAUCCGAAAGGUCAUCCUGGCAAGUCUCAUCUCUCAAAAGUAGUUGACCCAGGAGAGAGUGCAUCUGAGGAGAGGAGUGCUCGGCGAACAGUGUUGGAAUCAUCUCUUCGUGAAGCUAUGUUUCAGAUAAUAAAAUUUGUAAAUGAGAAAAAGGACCACAUUCCUGCGAUUUCAAAUCUCGAGUGUGUCACAUUUCCCUAUGAGAUCACUAUCUCAAGUUCAUCAGAUUCUACUUUUGGGAUGGAUGUGAUCAGGAGGAUGCUACAGACUGGGCAUCCAACCAUGCUCAGCUGAUUGGAGAUAUCCUGAUGGUGGCCAAUCGUCCCUUUAUCUCAUUCUUUAAGAGGUAAAAUGGUUGUUCAUCCAAUGUCUGGCAAUGUGAAUAUUUCGGACCAAAGUCUAGUAUGGGUUCCUCUAGUGGCCAAGGAGUCACACAAUUGAAAGAAAUGGAAGCUGUGGAUAUAUUUGCGUAAUCUACUAAUGUUCGUCUUUUUUUUCCCCUUCAUGUUUCAUAUCAUAGUAAACGAAAUAUAUAGCUGAAUAUUACAUGAUCAAUCUAAUUAAGUUUGUUU